CAGAGGCCAGACUGUCAGUGCUGCGUUACGAACCACUGCAGAGGCCAGACUGUCAGUGCUGCGUUACGAACCACUGCAGAGGCCAGACUGUCAGUGCUGCGUUACGAACCACUGCAGAGGCCAGACUGUCAGUGCUGCGUUAUGAACCACUGCAGAGGCCAGACUGUCAGUGCUGCGUUACGAACCACUGCAGAGGCCAGACUGUCAGUGCUGCGUUACGAACCACUGCAGAGGCCAGACUGUCAGUGCUGCGUUACGAACCACUGCAGAGGCCAGACUGUCAGUGCUGCGUUACGAACCACUGCAGAGGCCAGACUGUCAGUGCUGCGUUACGAACCACUGCAGAGGCCAGACUGUCAGUGCUGCGUUACGAACCACUGCAGAGGCCAGACUGUCAGUGCUGCGUUACGAACCACUGCAGAGGCCAGACUGUCAGUGCUGCGUUACGAACCACUGCAGAGGCCAGACUGUCAGUGCUGCGUUACGAACCACUGCAGAGGCCAGACUGUCAGUGCUGCGUUACGAACCACUGCAGAGGCCAGACUGUCAGUGCUGCGUUACGAACCACUGCAGAGGCCAGACUGUCAGUGCUGCGUUACGAACCACUGCAGAGGCCAGACUGUCAGUGCUGCGUUACGAACCACUGCAGAGGCCAGACUGUCAGUGCUGCGUUACGAACCACUGCAGAGGCCAGACUGUCAGUGCUGCGUUACGAACCACUGCAGAGGCCAGACUGUCAGUGCUGCGUUACGCAACCACUGCAGAGGCCAGACUGUCAGUGCUGCGUUACGAACCACUGCAGAGGCCAGACUGUCAGUGCUGCGUGCAGAGGCCAGACUGUCAGCGUUACGCCAGACUGUCAGUGCUGCUGAACCACUGCAGAGGCCAGACUGUCAGUGCUGCGUUAUAACCACUGCAGAGGCCAGACUGUCAGUGCUGCGUUACGAACCACUGCAGAGGCCAGACUGUCAGUGCUGCGUUACGAACCACUGCAGAGGCCAGACUGUCAGUGCUGCGUUACGAACCACUGCAGAGGCCAGACUGUCAGUGCUGCGUUACGAACCACUGCAGAGGCCAGACUGUCAGUGCACUUGA